CGGGAGCACUGAUAUGAAUAUACAAUGGAGAAGGGAGAAAGAGUGAAGGUAGCAGCUCUUAAACUCGCCUCUUGCGUCACGCUUGCAAUCUACAUUUUCUUAGCGUCCAAACUUCAUCAUCGUAAAAGACGAAGUUGCAGAAAUCUUUUGUCAUCACCUCCUCCGUGUUAUCUCAGAGCAUAGCCCAAUCCUCAGUACGAUUUCAACACCUCAGCCUCCAUCCCGCCAACACCUCCACCGCCGAGAAAUGCACGGGUCUGCAUCCAUACAUGACAGAGAUUUCGGCAUUGGUGAAGGAGCCGAAUGUGAAAGCUUUGGAGAAUUAUAAUGAGAAAUUGGAUGAGUUAAAGAGGCGUGGUUCGUAUGUGUGGGUGGAAACCGGGUCACAGUUGCAGGAGUUGGCUGAUGUCUUGAGUGGGGAAAUGAUAUUUGGUGUAGAUGUGGAGCAUGAUAGUGUGAGAUCCUUCUUAGGUUUGAUCUGCUUAGUUCAGAUAUCAACAAAGAGGGAGGAUUAUCUUGUUGAUGCAAUAGCCCUCCAUCACUUGAUGGACAUCCUUCGGCCUAUAUUUGCUGGUCCAGGGAUUUGUAAGGUAUUCCAUGCAGCUGAUAAUGAUGUUCUCUGGCUUCAAAGAGAUUUUCAUAUUUAUGUUGUUAACCUAUUUGACACUGCAAAGGCAUGUCAUGUUUUGUCUAAACCGCAGAACUCAUUGGCAUACUUGUUGAAAACUUAUUGUGGUGUCAUUACAAAUAAACAAUUGCGAAGAGAAGAUUGGAGGCAACGUCCUCUGCCAGAAGAAAUGCUGCAUUAUGCUAAAAAGGAUUCACACUAUCUGAUGUACAUUGCGUGUUGUGUUUAUAAGGAGCUGAAGAUACACGAUUUAGAAAGUUCACCAUGUCUCAAAAACAAAUUGACUUUUGUUCUUGAGGCAACUUGUUUGCAACUAUUCUCAAUACUGAUUGAAGCAUAUCCGGGAUACUCUGCUGCUUCGUCAAUAAUUUCUCGAUGUCAUCGGUACCACGGAAAUCUCCCUUCCAACUUUGUCAAUGCAAAGUUUCAUGACCUUGUGAGCAGACUGUGUGCAUGGAGACAUAUUAUGGCUCGAGUUCAUGAUGAAAGUUUAAGAUAAGUUUUAUCUGAUCAAGCACUUGUUGCACUAGCAGCUAAAGCCCCUACAGAUGUUAGAGAUGUACGCAAAAUCAUAUCUCAACCCCAUCCAAGUGUGGAUCACAUAUCAUCAUUCCAAUCUCCAUCAUCUCUAGCUUGUAGUCAUAUGGAAGACCUUAUGAGUCACUUAUUUCAAGAUGAAGUAGGUGAGGAUGGGGAAAGCCUUCUUGAAAUCCUUCAGAAAUGCUUAGGUGCUAAUGGAAGUUGUCCUCUCUUCGCCUAUAAUAUUGCUUUGUUAUCUGAAAGUAGCUUGGAAGUGGCCGACAGAUCUGUGGUUAGAAAUAAAUCUGCAAAAUCAUCCCUAGCUCGGAAGGCUCUUCAAGAGCUAUUUGACAAAACAAAGGAUUGCAAAUCUCCAGUCUAUGACAACUGUAGGAUCUAUACAAGUGAUGGUCGGUUUUUAAGUUUCUGUGGCCGUAGAAAACUCGAGUGGUUAAUACAAAUUUCAUACACUUUUCUUAAAUCAAGCCCGACAGCAUAUUAGACUUGGAACACGAGUCUCAACUCAAAGUCUUGUUCAUCACUGCACUCUCUUUUUAGUUUACUCAAUACUACGUAUGAAUCUCUAAUUCUCCCCUCCCUUUAAGUGGACGACUGAACCAUUUUGAAUCUAACCAAUUGGUCACUACCAUUUCGGACAGACUAGACAAACAAAUUGGGCUAAGCCUGCUUUACUAUGAUAGAAAUCAGGAUUGUAUUGAGAUUCUCUGAGCCAAACCAUACUAUAACAUCGAUGUGCAGCUUGUGAGUCACAAGAUGAAUCUGCAAAGCAGCGCUAAAGCAACCCGGGAUGAGCAAAAGGCUAAUGAUCGUACUACUGUUGCAACAUUUUGUCUAGAAGCCCCUGAAGAAUGGAUAGAGCGAGUACAUUCACAGCAGUACUUCCAAGAAGUAAUGAACUGUGAAGUCAGGAAUCGGGAAAGAAAGAAUAUACUUGAGAAGUAUAAUAAUGUAGAUUCUCAUGACAUGUACUUAAGCCGAGGUUCUCGUGAAGCCAUACUCAAUGAACUCUUUGCUUGAAUAAAAAAAAAUUGCAGAUGUUGUACAUGAACUUUCAGCAGAAUCCUAUUUUUGUGCAGUUUUUACCACAUUUUUCCUUUGUUCUUGAAUAAAUGCAACACAAUCCUUUUUUGACAGUUUCAAAAUAAUUACAACAUUCCAUUUCUGGUAAGAAAAAGAUGGUACAAGGACUCCAAUAUCUUUACCCACACCAUUUAAUAUUCAUCUUAAUUGUUUAACCAUUUGUAUCCUGCCAACUAAUGUCCUCACCCACUCAUAAUAAAAAAAAUAUUUGAUUAUGCUUCUUCUCUCCAACUUUCACCUUAUAGAGUUGUAUCUGGAAAUCAUACCAACACACGAGCUAUUUUCCAUUUCAUACCCCCUCCUUUAAUUUUCCAUCUCAAUUUUCCUCCUCCCCCGCCUUCACCCUGCCUUUAAUUUUCCAUCGCCAUUUUUUCUUCUUCUAGUUAUUCAUCUAGAGAAUAGCUUUGAGAUCGUGAAUGUCGAUGAUAAAUCUUUUUUCUCCGGAAACUUCCCUUCAAUAUCUAAACACAUGCAACACAAAUUUGGUGUUCCAGACACUUUUCCAUUAUAGAGAGCUGUAUAUGGAAAUACCAACUCACGAGCUCUUUUCCAUUUCAUACCCUUUCCUUUAACUUUUCCAUCUCAAUUGUCCUCCUCCCCCUGCCCUCACCCUGCCUUUAAUUUUCCAUCGCAAUUUUUUGUUCUUCUAGUUCUGCAUCUAGAGAACCGCCCUGAGAUCGUGAAUGCUGAUGAUAAAUAUUUUCUCUCCAGAAACUUCCCUUCAAUUUCUAAACACAGGCAACAUAAAUUUGGUGUUCUAGACACUUUCUCACAAAUAUGGUGUGCCACACACUCUCACAAAUCUGGUGUUCCAGAAUCUUUCUAAAGAAAUCGCCAAUUCUACAUCAAAGCCUCAAAGGGAUUUAAUACCAUACGGCGGAAUUUGUUGACCAAGUUGGAAUCCCUCCAUGAUAAAGCUGACAUCAAGUUCUCACACAUCAGAAGAGUUCAAAGAGAGAGAGAAGAAGCAUGUCAAAUUGUCAACUUUACCGGGAAGAAGAUUAACAAAACCAUAGCUAGCUAUAGUAGCUGGAUCUGCAAUGCCAAGCUAUUAAAGAGUGUAUCACUUUUUACCCAUCCAAGUAAUACAUGUGUAGCCUACUAGUCUAGGGUAAAAUGGGAAAUAAAAUUACCUAUUCUAAAUUUCUUAAAAUCCGUUCCUUUCUCCAUGUUGCAUUUAAAUCCGAACGGAGGAGGUGUGCUGGUACUUGUUUUGCUUUUAUAUUUGUAAAAUACUUGAUUUGCUGUGUAUCAGCUGUUUUCUCAAUUUUUAACAUUUUCUAGGCGGUCCAAGAGGUUGCAAAUCGAACUGUUCAAUCAGCUUUUGCCGUGGUCCGACCUCCCGGACACCAUGCUUCUAGGGAGAAAGCCGAAGUUUUUUGCUGGUUGAACAAUAUGGCUAUUGGUGCAACUUUUCUUCUUGAUGUGAAAAAAUAUAACAAAAUAUUGAUAGUUGAUUGGGAUCACCAGGGGAAUGGUAUCAGAGCAUAUUCGAGAGUGAUCCCAGAGUUUUAUAUUUCUCAAUCCAUAG